CGAUUGGUCGGCGCGGCGAGUGGGGCGGGGCGGAAGGUUCUGGAGGGGGCUGGCGGGCUCUGGAAGCUUCCGCCGGACGGGUAUAUAGAGUCCGGGACGGGGCGGCGGCGGAGCCGGGGGGACGGCGACAACUGGGCGGCGGCCUGCAGGCGGGGGCCAUGGGCAAAGACUAUUACCAGACGCUGGGCCUGGCCCGGGGCGCGUCAGACGAAGAGAUCAAGCGGGCCUACCGCCGCCAGGCGCUGCGCUACCACCCGGACAAGAACAAGGAGCCCGGCGCCGAGGAGAAGUUCAAGGAGAUCGCCGAGGCCUACGACGUGCUCAGCGACCCACGCAAGCGCGAGAUCUUCGACCGCUACGGGGAGGAAGGCCUAAAGGGCAGUGGCCCAAGUGGUGGGAGCAGCGGUGGUGCUAAUGGUACCUCCUUCAGCUACACAUUCCAUGGAGACCCUCAUGCCAUGUUUGCCGAGUUCUUCGGUGGCCGAAAUCCCUUUGACACCUUUUUUGGGCAGCGGAACGGGGAGGAAGGCAUGGACAUCGAUGACCCAUUCUCUGGCUUCCCCAUGGGCAUGGGUGGCUUCACCAACAUGAACUAUGGCCGCUCCCGCCCUGCCCAAGAGCCCACCCGAAAGAAGCAAGACCCCCCCGUUACCCACGACCUUAGGGUGUCCCUCGAAGAGAUCUACAGCGGCUGUACCAAGAAGAUGAAGAUUUCCCAUAAACGGCUGAAUCCUGAUGGGAAGAGCAUUCGCAAUGAAGACAAAAUCUUGACCAUCGAAGUGAAACGGGGUUGGAAAGAAGGGACCAAAAUCACCUUCCCCAAGGAGGGAGACCAGACCUCCAACAACAUUCCAGCCGACAUCGUCUUUGUUUUAAAGGACAAGCCACAUAAUAUCUUUAAGAGAGAUGGCUCUGAUGUCAUUUAUCCAGCCAGGAUCACCCUUCGGGAGGCUCUGUGUGGCUGUACUGUGAAUGUCCCCACUCUGGACGGCAGGACCAUACCCAUCACAUUCAAAGAUGUCAUCAGACCUAACACACGGCGAAAAAUACCUGGAGAAGGCCUCCCUCUCCCCAAAACGCCCGAGAAACGUGGGGACCUCGUUAUUGAGUUUGAAGUGAUCUUCCCCGAAAGGAUUCCCCCAGCGUCAAGAACCAUACUUGAGAAGGCUCUUCCAAUAUAGUCACCUGUAUUUGCCCAAGGACUUACCAGGGACCUUUCCAGAGCUCAAGGAUUUCCGGACCGUUCCACUAGUUGUGGGCCCUUGAGAGGGCGGGAGGGCCCAGGGAGGGCUUUCAUACUGCUGAAUGUUUUCCAGAGAAUAUAUUACAAUCUUUCAAAGUCGUGCUCUAGACUUCAGUGGUUUUUCAAGCGACAGGGCAGCAGGUGGUGGGGACAGCAGGAGAAGGCAUUCCAAUCUGCCCCACUGGGUCCUACAGCCCUCCUGUAAUGUGCCCACUCCUCUUCCAGGUCCUACCCAGGGCCAACAGGCAGCCCCGCAGUUGAACUUGAGCCCUCUCUCGUUCCUUUGCUUGUGGCCGUUAGGUGAUGUCAACCUGCUGUUGGUUACCAGACCCUGUACGCUCUUCAGUUUCUGUCGUGUGACCAGUUCGUGUUUUAUUCUGUAUUUGUCUCCCAUGUUUUGCUCUUCCUCUGAAGAAUCCCAUCUUUUGCCAUCUCAAAUUGAGAACCUAGACUAUUUUUGCAGAACUGCCUGGCCGGCGCCCACAAGCAAUACCUCUCAUUCCAGCAGGACCAAGGGAGCCAGCCUCAGUGAGUGAGAGUGAGUUGCGCAGCCGCCUCUCCCUCCGGGAUCAGGGGCCCUUUCGAGCUCUGGUUCUGGGGCCAAAUGCACUCACCUAAGGGUCACACUCCUUUCCUGUAAGGCAAUCUUUGGCACACCGGGGCUUCUUGGUGGCCCAGGUCAUUUUUUAAUGGACUCUGGACUCUCAAAGGGAUCUGAUCCUUUUGAAUUUUGCACAGCCCUAGAUAUAAUCCCUUUUGAUAAAAGGGUCUUUACUCCUGAUUACAGGAGCACUGUGGAACGUCUGUAAAUAUGUUUUUAUAAUUCUGUGUAAAGUUGGUGUGCACUCAAAUGAAAGCAGUCUGUGGCAGGUGCUGCUCUCUGUACAGGCCCAUGAUGGAAUUCAGAAGGAACCUUGGGAAUGGGGGGUUGGGGAGUUGGAACGAAUGUCUGUUCCCUGCAGGCCAGUGUGGUGCUCUGACCUUUAGACUCAUUGUAAGUUGCCACUGCCAACAUGAGACCAAAGUGUGUGACUUGUCAAUGUGCGGCAUGACAGCAUUAAAGACUGAUGCUAAACCUCA